AUGGCAUGCAACUGCAGUUUAGCGAAUGUUCUAGGGGUAGUUUUAGUAUUCACUCUGUUCCACGACCCGAUCACCGUGGCCGGACAAAAUAUUCCGGCGGUGGCAUUGUUCACGUUCGGCGAUUCCAACUUCGACGCCGGAAACAGAAUGUUCCUCGCAGGUACAAGAUUUCCUCAAAACUUCUGGCCUUACGGUAAAUCCCGAGAUGACCCCAGUGGCAAGUUUUCGGAUGGCAGAAUCGUCCCUGACUUUAUCGCAAAAUUCAUGGGGAUUCCACACGAUUUACCGCCGGCGUUUGAACCUGGCGCCAAUGUCUCACGAGGAGCUAGCUUUGCUGUAGACUCUGCUAGCAUACUUGGGACUGCCAGAGACUCUUUGAAUCUGAAUAACCAAGUGAGGAGAUUUAAUCAGAUGAUAUCAAAUUGGAAAGAAGAUUACAUCACGAAAUCAUUGUUUAUGAUAUCCAUUGGUAUGGAAGAUUACUAUAACUUCACGAAAAACAACCCUACCGCCGAUGGUUCUGCUCAACAAGCUUUUGUCAUUUCAGUCAUUAGCCGACUAAGAAACAAUAUCGAGAUGUUGUAUUCGUCGGGAGCUAGUAAAUUCGCCGUAUAUACGUUACCAGCACUGGGUUGCUUUCCUAUCGUGAGACAGGAGUUUAACACUGGAAACGACUGUUACGAGAAAUUGAAUGAUUUGGCUAAACAACACAACGCUAGACUCGGACCGAUGCUGAACGAUCUAGCGAGAGCCAGAUCGGGUUUCCAGUUCACAGUUUUCGAUUUCUACAAUGUCAUUCUUCGCAGGACACAAAGAAACAUGAAUUUCCGUUACUCCUUUACGAAUGUAUCGUGCUGCGGUAUAGGGUCGCACAACGCCUUCGGUUGCGGUAGACCUAACGUGCGCUCAAAGCUAUGUGAGUAUCAAAGAUCUUAUCUUUUCUUCGAUGGACGUCACAACUCAGAGAAGGCACAGGAACAGUUCGCUCAUCUUCUCUUUGGAGCCAAUCCAAACGUUAUCCAACCCAUGAACAUUCGUGAACUUAUUACCUACCCUGUUAAUACAAAUAUGUCUGAGUUUUGGGAAGAACCAGUGGGGAGGAAUUUAAUGUUAGUCCACGAAUAUGACGCCAAUGCGAGUGCAUCUAUGUAG